AUGGAGCGGAACUUGCGGAGCUCGGCGAUCCGGGGGAGUCUGGUGAUGCCCUUCCAGAGCAUCGAGCAGCAGCUCAAAGAGGACCUGCCGUGGGCCUCGGUGGGUCUGCUGGUCGCGCUGGGCGUCGUCAGUCUGGGCUUGUGGCUCUGGGGCACAUGGGACCUGGCGUGCCUCCAAGACUCCACCUUCGGACGUAUGAUCAUAGUGGCAAACCUGCUGAUGCUCUUCAUAGCGCUGGUGCCACAAGGCGUCACCGUGGAGCUGACGCUCUUGUUCGUGGCCGCGGUGGCCUGCCUGGCGGAUAUCCUGAAGAGCAAGGAGCUAUUCCAGGGCUGCGCCUCCGAUGCCGUAGUUACACUGGCGCUCUUAUUCCCCAUCAUGCGGGCCAUGGGUGACACGGGUGUGCCAGAGAGGUUCAUUAGCAUGGUGCUGGGAGGCGCAAAAGGCCCCAGAGACCUGAUCUUCCGGAUGUUCUGGUCUGUGGCGGCUUUGUCGGGGCUCUUCAACAACACCCCCAUCGUGGUGAUGAUGAUCCCAGUUUUGCAGUCCCUCUGCCUGCGCCAAGGGGUGGCCUCUCAGAGCGUGUUGAUGCCCCUCAGCAUCGCGGCGCAGGCGGGAGGGUCCUUGACGAAGAUGGGGUCCUCCAUCAACUUCGUGGCCGCCGCGGUGUUUAAGCCCGCGGGCUACGACAUCGGCUUCUUCACCCUCACCCCGGGAUGUAUCGCCAUCAUCCUGAUGGAUUCCAUCUACUGCUCCCUCUUGGGCCCCCGAGUCCUCAAAGCAAAGGAGUCGGAGGAUGCGUCAAGGCAGGCAAGCCGCCACAGCCUCUAUAAGGUGGCCUUGCGGGUGUGUGUGGACGGGCCUCUCAUCGGCGCCUCGGUCGCCGAUAUCGGCAUCCAUCGCCUCCCGGGAGUGGACGAGAUCUCCAAGCGCGUGCGCGCCAGCAGCCUGGCCCGGUCGGUGGAGCUUGAGAGCAUCGACGACGGCGGCGCGGACGCGGACGCAGACGCGAGCGACGUGCACUCGGCGGUCUUGGAGGGUGGGGACCUCUUACUGGUGAACUGCACCGCCGAGGGCGUGACGCAGCUGCGGUGCGUGAGGGGCCUCGAGCUGGGCAACGAGGAGGAGGUGGGCCGUCUGGGCUCAAUGCGCCGGACUCGGUCUUUGUGCGAGGCAGCCAUCAAGGAGAGCCUGGUGCAGACCGCGGUGAGUUCCAAUUUCUGGAAGAGCCAGCUGCGGUGUGCCGUGGUGGCGGUCCGCGGAGACGGCGACACCUGGCGCGAAUCCUUCCACGGCUACGAGGUGCAGUCCGGAGACGUGUUCCUGGUGGAAGCCUUUAAGGAUAUGGUUGGCUCCGACGUUUGGCUGGACCACUUCGGGGUGGUCCGGGUGGUCCCAGACUCUUCGCCCCCGCGCACCGGCCAGCGCUCGGACUUCCUGCGGGCGGUCUUCAUCGCUGUGGGCCUAGUCUUGAUGAUUUGCAUCGCCUCUUUGGGGGACAAAGCCCCCAGCAUGCCGGUCAUGGCGGUGAUCUUCCUCUGUGGCAUCGUGUUGGUGAAGGGCCUGCGGGUGCAGGAGGUCUACAGCGAGAUCAACGGCCCGGUGCUGCUCACCAUCGUGGGUGCCUUGGCCUUGGGCCGCGCCAUGGAGGUCUCCUGCCUCGCCAACUGCCUGGCCCAGGCCAUGGUGGCCGCCACCGCUCCUUUGGGGGACACGGCAGUGCGCCUGGGCAUCUACUUGGCGACCAUUGGGCUGGGGCAGUUCCUCAACAGCGCCGCCAACGUGGCCAUUAUGGGCCAGAUCGCCAUCCCCAUUGCGGCCACCAUGAACAUCCCAGUAGGUCAGAUGGCGCUCAUCGUCACCUACGCGGCCUCGGCGUGCUAUACAGCGCCUUACGGGUACCAGACCAACACCUUGGUGCUCAAAGCUGGGAAUUACACCUGGGGGGACUUCAUCGCUUUCGGCGGCGCCUUGCAAAUGCUUCACAUGUUCCUCACAAUCCUGAUCGUCCCCUUUUGCGCGUGA